CCUAAAGUCUAGAAACUCAUCCAAUUAAACCUGAAAUUAACACAAUUAACUCAUAACAUCAAUUGUUAACUAACAGUUUAUUUGAUUAUUAUGCUCUCAUUAGACUCAUUUUCGGUUAAUCAGUUACUUUACCUUGAUCGAGCUCUUAAUUCUUGGGGUGAUCGAUGUUGGGAAUUCGCCAUAGGAUUAUAUCUAAUCAAACUUAAUCCUGAUUCUUUAAUUUUAGCCGCUCUUCAAGGGAUAUUAGCUUCGUGCUUAUCGAUUAUUAUAAUUCCUUUUCUUGGAAGAUGGAUUUCAAAGGCUCACCGUUUAACGGAAAUUUCGGUUUUUUUAUUUUUUCAAAAUUUCUGUGUUCUAAUUGCAGCUUCGUUUGUCGCUCUCUUUUUUCUUGGCGAUCGUUUUCUUGGUCGUUCCAUAAACAAGAUAAUUCAACUGCUUUCUCCAUAUAUUCUGGUUAUAUUUUCGGCAUUUGCUCAAGUAGCUUCGUCAGGAUAUACUUUGUGCCUUGAAAAGGAUUGGAUUCUUAUGAUUGCCAAAGAUGACCAACAAUUAUCAGUACUAAAUGCAUCACUACGCCGUAUAGAUUUGGUCAUUAAAACGAUCUCUCCGCUUUUGGUUGGCCUGAUAAUCCAAUAUUCAGAUUUAGCUUCGGCUUUAUUUCUCAUGUUUUUCAAUCUUUUUUCUGGUUUAAUUGAAUAUCUCAUCAUGAAAGUUGUAUUCACCAAAGUUAUUGAUCUCUCAAAGAAAAAAUCUCCGGUCACUCGAGUGAACAGUUCGUCGAGUGAUAUUAUUGAGAUGAUAGGUUACAAACAAUCAAUCGCAAGUUAUAUUAAACAUUAUGGUUCACGAGGUAUUUCAUUCAGUCUCAUGUACCUUUCGGUCCUUGGAUUUGAUUCAAUUACCGUUGGUUUUGUCAAAUCAAAAGGAGUAAGUGAAACGAUAAUUGGACUGGUCAGUGUUUUGGGCGCUUUGACGGGAAUCAUUGGUACAUUGGUUUUCCAAUGGAUGGUUAAACAUUUCAACCUUAACCACAUAGCGACAAUGGGCUACAUUAGUGACCUGGCUCCUUUAUCAUUAUGUUUAAUUAUGGUAUUCACCUUUCAUGGGAAUAAUUCAUCUCCUAGUGAUCCUUCAAUGAUCUUAUUUCUAACGGGAAUAACACUAUCAAGAGUCGGCUUAUGGAUUACAGAUUUAGCCAAUAAUCAGUUGAUUCAAACAACGACACCAAACCCUGUACUUAUUGGAGGAAUACAGAAUAGUCUGAAUACUUCAGCUGAAUUGACAAAGUUCAUUUUAACAGCAAUUCUAUCAAAAUUAUCGCAAUUCUAUAUUCUGGUACUUGUAUCAUACUUUUCCGUUACAAUAGCGACCAUAUUAUCGAUAUGUUACAUUUUCCAUGCUCGAUUUAGCCCAUCGAAACCAAAGAACAAUCAAAUUAAGAAUAUUAAUCUAUCCGUGAUUGAGAUUCCAAAGGAAAUUGAAUAACAAACAAAUAAUUUUCGCGCUUUAUACAUUUACAACUUAAUCUCGUUCGACUGACAAAUAAACUUUCUAAGUUCUGACAAAGAGCCAAAA